AUGACCACCCGCCUAAGAGAACUGGGUGCACAACAGCCCCCAGUAUUCAGAAUAAACCUCUCCCAUCCACCAGAAGAGCGCUACACAGCGCUCGCCAGUCUCUACAAAGACCGAAUGCGCUCCGUAACCAACAUAUUCGACGACGUGAUCCACAACCUCUCCCCAAAUAUCCCAACAAAACCAAUCCACUGGCUGGCGCGUCUAUUCCUACACAGACUCUACACAGACGAAGAAACAGCCGAGAUCCGCGGCAUAAGUCGCGUAACCGGGAUCUCCCUAUACCUCCUAAUAUGUCUGAACGUGGUUCUCGAUCUAUUAAUGGGCUGCACGAGUGGCGGUGUACGAAUGCUCGACGGACUCUGGACACGAAUGGUCCACUUCCGGACUUUAGAUUGGGGAAUGGAUCCACUGCGCUCGCUGAUCGUGCAGCUGGAGUUUGUGCGCGACGACUCGCCGGAUAAAGUGCUCGCGACGUGCAUCACGUACGUUGGGUUCGUGGGGAUUCUCACGGGUGUGCGGAAAGAUCUUAGCGUUUCGCUCAAUUUCCGCGCUGUGCAUGAUCCUCGGAGGAAUGUUGGGUUUUAUUUCAAUUAUUUGCUUGUUUUGCUUGGGUUACGACAGUCCAUCACAUCGCUGCUGAGACAGUGUAUUCUUCCCAGUAUGGAGGAGGGAUCGACGAAACUUUCGAAUACUUCGACCAUGGAGGAGAUCCUGAAUGAAGUUCCUUGUUUGCGGACGACGGCUGCGUACCUGAUCUUCUGUGAUGGGAGUAGCAUUGUUGCGAUGGAAAAGGAUUAUGAGACUGCGUUUUGGCGCAGUUCGAGUUCUUUCCUUAUCAAGACCAACCACGAUGAGGAUACCAGUUCGGUCAUGGAUGAGGCUAUCGCGAAUGAUAGGGGAUAUACGGGUCUGCGUGUGGCGGAUGGUAUGCAGAGCAUGGCUGAGAUUAUUGAGGAGAGUAAAGAGCGGCAAGCGUCGAUGCAAGAGAAAUGGGAUCGCAGGGUGCUGGAUCAUGGGAUUUUCCAACAGCAACUUAAGAGGCGGAGAGUUAAGGAUACUGCUGUUGCCCGCUCACAGUUGAAAUGGAAACGGAAUACGAAAGUCGGAUGGGAAUAUGAUGCGUCUGAGCUGUCGGUUACGCUUGGGACAGUGCUUGGGUGGCUUUGCUCUGACCCGAUUGUUAAUGAAGAUACUCACUAUGCUGUGUUGAUGGAUCCUGUUGAAGGCAGGUUUGUUUAUUCCGGCCAGUUUCCAGCUCAGGAAUCAUAA